AAACAAACCAAAGAUUAAAUUAAUGCAAUAUAUAUCUGACCUAUCAAAAUAAUACAAGAACGUUUGAAUAUAAAUCAUUGAUAGAUAAAGUGGCGAGACAUUCAAAUUUUUUUAAUCAACAAAACACAACUCAAUUCAGAGAAGUUCAUCAUUUUAAAGUUGAGAAAGGCAUUCUAAAAAUGAAGACUGAUUUCAUAUUUGAUAGAUCUACAAUAGCGCCAAAACAGAUGCCAAACAGAUUAAAUUCGGAACUUGGAGGUUUAAGCAAGGAGCCAAAUCGAAAGAGAAUUCCAAGACGCACAACAAAAGGAAGACACAAAAAGCAGAGGACUUGCAUACUCUGUCUUCUCCUUUUGAUACUUUUACUUGUGUCGGCACUGUAUGUAGCAGCUUUGUUCCUUAUCCGAACCUGCACCUGUGAAAUCACGACCAAACUGAACAAAGGAGCAAACUCCUCAUUGGACGUCAAAACAACACCCAGCCUUGUCAAUGUGCAGACUACAUCCGUUGAAAUGUCUACCACACUUACCAAAGACAGAGAAAUCCAGACAACAUCAGAACCAACAUCUGCACCGAGUUUAACAACUGGAACGUCCACCGAAAUCAAUCAAAUGUUUCACUCCUCUGUUGAAGCUCACAUGACACCCGGCCAAAUGUCUGCUCAGAAUACAACAAUUGGAAGCAGAGGAAGAGAAUUUAUAGUUUUAUUUACAACACACGCAUUGAAGUCGAAAAAGAAUAUCUAUGUUACUUCAGAAAACGGCACCAAAUUGAAUAUUACAACCUCGCCUCGUCUAGAUGCAUCCCUGAAAAGUCAGAUAGAAAGGUCUGUUAACAUUCCAUCCAGUCAACGUAUCAUUCUUCCACAAGCCAUUGAACUGCAAAGCUUUCAAAAAGAAGUGAAGUCCGUUUUGAUUAAAACCUCCAGUGAUGUAUUCAUAAUAAGUCACGACAAAGAUAAAUAUUCAGUCGGGAGCACUACGCACAUUCCCAUACAUAAAUUGUCAACAAAAUACAUAGUGAUAUCGACAAAACCAGCUUCUAAAUCGUAUAGUCAGCUUGCAGUGGCUGCCAUUGAAGACAACACAGCAAUUUCAGUCACUUUUAAAAUGAAACAUAAUUUGCCGCUGAAAAUUGAAGGAAAAAAGUUCUACAACGGUGACGUGUUUAAUUUUUCUCUUGAUCGCUUUGAAACUUACCAGAUUGAGCACAAAGCGGAUUUGACAGGAACGUUUAUUGAAUCAUCAGCUCCUAUUGCAACAUUUUCAGGUAAUGAUUGCAAUGAGCUUGAACAUAUCGGAGCUUGCGAUCAUCUCGUUGAACAGUUACCACCAACUAACAGUGUGGACAAAACUUACAUAGUACCCCCGAAUUCGGACGACAGAGACACACUCAUUCGUAUCACAGCAACAGAGAAUACGCAUUUUUCAUUUUUGAUCGGGGGUAAUACUCAAACCGUAUUUUUGGAACGACUUGAUUAUUUCGACACACAUAUAUCGAGUAGCCAGUCGUGUUUUAUUGAAUCUAAAGUACCUUUGUUAGUGACAAGUAUCGGUUUAGGUUCUAGGAAUUCUGUAACCGCCAUGGGCGACCCAUCUAUGACAAUCGUACCAGGGAUAAAUCAAUACCUGGAUUAUUAUAAGAUAGUUGUUCCGCCUGGAUAUGAUCAUAACUACGUUUCCAUUAUGAUAAAUCUUGCUUUUAAAGAUUUAUUACGCAUUAACGAUAAGACAAUAAACAAGCGCGCUAUCGUUUUUGAAGAAAAUGUUUUGGCUAGCAGCGUAACAUACAGUGUGAGAACAGUACGUGUUGUUGAGGGGGAGCUAACUGCAUCUACUGUAAACGGAGAACGUUUCGGUCUGAUGUUUGCCGGAGUAACCGAAUACGAAGCUUACGGAUUUUCCGGAAACUCGUUGCUUCUUUAACCCAUUCAUAUUCGUAUCAGGCGAAUUUAACCGUACCAUUUGUGUAACCUCAUUAAGGUUUUGUUGAAAGUGAACAUACGUUAUGUCCAAUUUACAAAGAAUCACACUAUGUUAAUAUAUUAUUCUUAGAAGUUAACACUUUUUCAAGCAUGUUGAAAUUCGAGCGUAUGAAUGUUCCAAUAUGUAAUAGAUGAAACGAUUUUUAUAGACAAUUUUUACUGAGAAUAAGUAAAAUGUCUUGAUUGUGAAAGGGUUAAAAUUGAUUUUUUUUUUCUUUUGUUUUUGUUAUUGUCAAUUAUAAUUUGUAUUUGUUGUUUUAAACAAAGUAGACGAAUAAACGUAUUUUUUCAUGCAGCAAAUUAUCGUAUGCAUUUUUGCUCGAGUUUGAAUUUAUCUCCAAGCCAUAAGGUGAUCUAACCUCUGUUUGUUUCCGUAUUUCGCUUUUGUAACAAAUCUAUCUUGUUAAAGGACUAAG